AUGACUAACGUUCAGGAUAAUCAUAAAAAUGGCAGUCAAACUACCGCUACAAAUGAAGCUAAGAAUGCCCCCAAAGUUGACUUCAAGGAUACUUCCAAAGUAGAUUUUGCCCCAAAAGGAAGCGACCCUGACACCUUCAAAUAUUACCCAGAUAAUCCGGAAUCCGGAAUGAACAGGUACCUAUUUACAAUGAAGGGACCUAGUGAAUAUUAUGACCCAUGCCAACAGUCCGCCCAGAUGAGUUUCAAUUGUCUCGAGCGCAAUGAUUACGAUAGAGCGAUGUGUAGGGAAUAUUUUGAUGCCUAUAGAGAAUGUAAGAAGCAGUGGCUCAAGGCAAGACGAGAAGCUAGGAAGCAAUGGGACUGA